CCCCCCUCGUCACUUUUGUGACGUCAUAUGAAACCCAAGAAUAGGAACCAGUUUCCCAGCAGCGAACAAAAUGACACGACCUCAAAUCUUUGGAUUUUAAAUAUUUGUGGAAAUGAAAUAAAUAUAUAAAUGGCAUUAUGGCAUUACAUUUAAAGGCAAUAAAGUCACCUUCAGGUCGCUUAUCCCUUUCUAACUGUUUUAUUGUUAACGAGGCGGACUUUCCUGACGAGGAAAUACAGUAAGUAGUAAAAAUAGCGAUGAUUUUGGGGUUAUAUGUAUUAUACUUGACAAAUUUUGGAAAUUCUAGAUGAUGUUUCGGUUAUAAGAUGAUGUUUUUAUGCUUUUAUAGACAUGUCAGGUUCCGUAGUGUGGGACAUCAAGAAUUUAUAUAUUCUAUAUUAAAGACUUCAGAAGUUAAACAUGGUACUGUGGGUGUCAGUUUAAUACAGGCAAGUUAUAAUUUUAUGAUGGUGUCAUUGCUGUGAUUUUUGUCCUCCCCCCCUGACUGGAAAGUUUUGAAAUUGCCUGCCCAAUCUAUUUUAAAAAUUUACCAGUAAAUAUUCACAAAAUUUCAAAACUGUGCUUGGUAUCUCAGUUGCUCAGAUUCUCUCAUUGCACAUUUUCUGUUGUGAGAUAGUGGCCUUCAUUCCUGCAUGUCAGAGUAGAUACAUACUGAACUGUAACUGGCCGUCGUAAACACUGGAAAUUUAUGUUUUCAUAUACCCACUUUUUUCAGGCGACCAAGCAAAAAAUGAUCAACUGCGCAUGCUUGGCAAGUUCUGCGAGCAGUUAAAGCGAAAAACUAGUUUCAUAUUAAUCUGACAAGUGCUGCAAUCGAGCAACGAAAAAUUUGUUGGCUCGAUUUGAAACUAGUUUUUCGUAUCUCUGAGGAUGGUUCUGAAACAGUUAAGGCGAGCCGCCAUCCAAUGGGACAUAUGCAUCUAGUAACUUGCCGAGCAUAUGCACAAAAAAUGUGGAUCCACUAGUUAUAACUCAUGUUGUUGCUCUGUGUUCCUUAGUGUUGACAAUCUAUGCAUAGUAAAAGUCAUUUGCUAAAUAAAAGCUAUGAGAGUUUCACCAAUUUUCCAGAGCUCAGAUUCUUGUAUUUUUAUGGAUUGUGAACUGCUAAGCCAGAUGCUUUAGUUGUUUAGGGGGGUACUUCAGGACUCCACAUCUGGGCAAGUAAAAUCAUCUACUUUAUGUUUACAUCUCUUUAUUACAGCGGAAAUGGACAAGCAUAGCCUUAAAUCAAGUUUUAGAAGGUGGGACUAAAUUUCAUCAUUUUAUUUGGUUCAAGAGAAGGUCUGCAAAAUGUGUGAUACCACUACAUAGAUUCUGCCAUAUACCCCCCCCCCCUGUUGAAAUCUCUGUUCUUUAUAUGCUAUGUAAUAUUUUAGCAGCCCCUUUGCUUUGAAAGUCAUACCCCCUUACCUCCUGAAUAAUCUAUUCCCUUGCCCCCAUGAAAAUUAUGCCCCUUUGCCUCCUCUGAGAAUUAAAUCUAACUUGUCCCCUGAAAAAUCUAUCCUUUUCUUCCUGCAUAAAAAUAUGUUCAUUUCCCUCCUGAAAAUUAUGUGACCCCCCCCUAAAAAAAGUUAUGUUACUUGCCCACUGAAAAAUCAACCUUUUUCACCCCUGAAAAUUAUACUCUUCCCCUCUAAUGCUUUCUUGCCCCUCUCCAACCCUCUAUGCCUUCUUUGACACCCACCCCUCCAAUCAACCUUGGUACACCCUAGUAAUAAGGCUGCAUUAAGGGGUACACACCACUCCAGGGUUCAGGGGCUACCCCAUCUGGAACAGUUUUCACAAUUUAAAAUUUUUAUGAUUUAUAAAACUGUUGAUAAGUGUUGUGGUGGUGAGCAAUGGCCCACCCCCUCCCUAACCCUGUUGAAACUUCAGCACCCCCCUGUGCCAAACAUUGAAACCAAGAUCUAUCUUUCAGUUCAUCCACACAAGUUUCCUGCCAAUUCAAACCUAAACAGCAUCACCCUCGAGGCAGAUUUCCUUCAGAAGUCACGGUAAAUAUUAUUGUUGAUUUCAAGUCACUUUUCAGCGUGUGGGUCCCAAGUUUGUUACAAACUUGCCAAUUACGAUUACAAGUUUGACUCUAGUUUUAAAAUUCUUUCAGGGGGCAUGCCCCCGGACCCCUUUAGAUGCUCCGACUCCCCUGAACUGGUGUCUGUAGCUCAAAGAACAGGAAUCCCAGGAUCAUAAAUUGAUUCCUACCUGUCAAUGGUUACAUUUUUUCUCCCGAUUUACAUCUAAAAAUGUAUAUAAAUUCCAUCUACCAGAUUUCUAAAAGAUAUUGUGAACAGUAUUUUGAAUUUGAUGUUUUAGUGUUUCACAAGAACCUUACGAUACAGACAAAAUGUCAGAAGUAUUGAUUGAUCAGUUCUGUAAUCGAGCUUUCUCUGAAGGACAGCCAGUAUGUAGCUCGCCUUGUUUUUAUGUAGACUGUAAUUCAACUUCGUACAAAUUGUCAAUACAAAGUAUGAAAUGUGAAGGGUUGUCUUUUACAGUUGGUCUUCACGUAUGGUGAUAAGAAAUAUCUUCAGCUUAUUGUACAGAAGAUGGAUGGUAAAGUAUUUUUCACUUUGCAACAUACGAGAAGUUCAGAUUUGAAUUCCACUACCGCUACCAUUAAGGGACUAUUAACCAAUCAGAUGCGUUUGAUAUAUCAGAUUAACCAAUCAGAUGCAGGCUAUUAGUCAGCGAGUGGUAGUGGAAGUCGAAGCUGAACCUCUCUAUAAAUCUAGGGAGAACAACUUGUUACAAUGUUGCAAAUUCUUAUGGAGUAAUGUAUUUUUCUAGUUUUGGAUCCUAAGAAAGCCCUUGCUUCAGAAUCGAACUUUGAACCGAUGAAGGUAAGUUGCUUCAGGAUCUUAUUUUAGAUACUUGAAAGUUGCCUUGAGCUUUGAUGUGUGAAAUCGUGUUCCAUUUAAAAUUUUAUAAAUCUUUGUUUUCAAGGUGUCAAAAGGUGUCAUAUCUGGAAAUACUAGAAUAAUAUUUGAGAAAGCAGAGGUAGGCUGGUCCAAAUAUGUCGUGUGUGCGCAUCUAUGGUGCAUGCUACGCUUCUUUUUGUUGAUGCAAAUUUUGUAAAACAUGUCAAUUUUUCUAGGGCUCAGCACUAAAUUUGGUGGGGAAAUCUAAAGGGUAAGUUUGAUCUCUUUUCAUGGAUGGAGAUUCUUGCACGUGAAAAUAUAUUUAUUAUAUAAACAUAAGUGUUAUAUAGAGUUUUUGGCCACUGAGAAAAAUCGUAUUUAAACACACGUAAAAAAUACGAUAUUUUUACGUGUGAAAAUAUCAUUUGUUGUAAAACGCAUUGCCACGGACGCUUUAUUGUUUUUCACUGAAUUUUGUUUAUAUAAUAAACAGAAAAAUACAUGGCUGCUUGGAAAUACCAGAUUUAUUUCUCGUGUUGAACAUGAUAUCUCACUCGUUCGCUGCGCUCACUCGUGAGAUAUCAUGUUCAACACUCGAAAUAAAUCUGGUAUUUCCGCGCACCCAUGUAUUAUUCUCUAUUUAUCGUUCAAUAAAUCAUACUUCUGUGUUUUUUUGCAAACAGUAAAUCAGCGACGCAAUCUAUUAUCAACACUGAAUGGGAUUUUACGAAACUGGGCAUUGGAGGUCUGGACAAGGUUGGUUUAAAACAGUCUCCAAGUAACAUACAAUUGACUUGUGAGAAACGAGUGCACGCAAGUCCGUGGUCCUAUUUCCAUUAUUCACUCGUACUGGUUGCCGUUAUUAAAGGCCCGGUCAAACGACAAUGAAAGUUGAUGAGAGUUGGCAGUCACACAUUGUUACAGGGGACAUUUCAAGCUCUAGAUUAACAAAAUAAAGGUUUGACGAGUGUUCUAACUAUGUUUUAACUUGAAUGCAACACAUGAUAGUGUUGGGAAAGCAUUAAGAACAGCUAACCAAGACCGCGUGACUGCCAACUCUCGUACACUCUCAUCUUUGUUUCAUCCGAGCUUUGUACUUUGUGUUAAUACAAGGAACUUUUAUACAUGCAUGGUUUUCUCUUUCAAGGAAUUUUCAACCAUCAUUCGAAGAGCAUUUGCCUCAAGACUCUUUCCUGCCGAGCUAACGGAGAAAAUGGGUGAGAUUUUUGAACAGUUGCGGUUUUCAUAUCUUCAGUGUGGAAUCCAGGAUAGGCAUACAGCCUGUUUGGAAAUCCGCUCACCAGUUAGCGAGAAAGUCAAUAAACUAGUGUGUAAGUAUUUUUAGAGAUAGAUUGUAACGUGUUUCUUUUUCUGAUUCCUAGGAGUGAAGCAUGUGAAAGGCAUUCUCUUAUUCGGACCCCCAGGUAUGAAUUUGAGAAUGAUUUAUUUUGAAAAAAUUGAACUGUUUAACCAUUAAAACGCAAGCCUCUUCUUUGACGAGUAAAAUCGUUUGUAGGAUGCAUUGCAGCUUAAUGGGUUAAUUAUAAAUAUGUCGAAAAUGUGACAUUACUUUAACACGACCUUAGGAACGGGCAAGACAUUGAUGGCAAGACAAAUUGGAAAAAUGUUGAACUGUCGUGAACCAAAGAUUAUCAGUGGACCAGGUAAAUGAAUGUAACCGCAGAAUAGCCUGCAACAGGUAACCAAGCGCCUGUUUUGCCGGCUACCACAGAACAAUUCUUUGAUCUUACUACAUUUUUUGCAAUAAAUCUAUUUUCCUUUACCUGUUCAUUCAUUAGAAAUUUACCUGAAACAAAUAUUUACAGAUGCCAUUUGGUCUAAUUCACCGAUGUUUUUUUAAUAGAGAUUUUGAAUAAAUAUGUUGGCGAAUCAGAAGCUAAUAUCAGGUGUGUUGAUUAAUCGCCUAGCAUAAAACCAAAAUUUGGAAUAAAUUUAUUUGGAUACUAUAUAAAUAUACUGUCGGCUUAUUAGUUUGCGAGAUCGCUGCCAGCCCUGGGGCUUCUUUUGUGAUAGUGUGCAACAACAUUCGCGAAAGAUUUUUCUAGAUUUUGAGUGUAAAUUUUAUACAUUUAUUAGACCUAAGGGACUGGUCGUAAAGUAACUGCUAGGGUGGGCUGGAGGUGAAUCACAAAUUUUGCCAAUAAGUUUGGUGACCCAUCUUAGGAUGCACAUAAAAAUUUCAAAGCCCAUCUAAUCUUAUAAAAAAAUUUUCAUGACCCACCCAAUCUAAAUUGGGAAAAUACAUUUUUAUAAUAAAAAAAACUUGCAGGUAUGAACAUUGUAAAUAUACACCGGCACUGUAUUGACAUACAUAAUUCCUAAUUCCACCAAGCUGGACCAACACAUUCAUCACCAAUUACGAUACUGAACUGCUCUCCAGUUGGUUGUAUUUGCUAUGAUUCGACCACUUCUUGUUGUAUAAACAAAGUACUGGCUUCAAUAUUUUGGAUAUUUUGUUUACUUUUAUUAUUAAUAUCUUUAUUUUUUUGAAGUAGACAUGAAUGGGUUUUUGUUUGGUGGCCCAAUCGUGGACAUACAAAAAAAUUGGCGGCCCAUCGAAACUGCCCAAAGAUUUUCCAUGGCCCAUCCCAAAUCACUCCAGCCCACCCUAGCAGUUACUUUAUGACCGGUCCGUAACCAGGAACAGGGUCUUAGCUAGCAUUUUAUAUCUUGGGCGUUUUUCUAAAUUUCCAGGGUGUGCCCAUGUCAAUUACCUUGAAUAGCCAAAAACACGAUUCCAGUUAUGCUUGUCAACAAUAGACUAUACCUGUAGUUGUUCUAUGCUUUUCAACCAAAUACAAGGCGAGCAUGCAUACGCUCAUAUUUCGCACUGACAUUAUAAUAAAUUAUUUUAGCAAUUCUUGGGGGUAUUUAAAGCCAUUUUAACAACCAUACGGUGCCCAUUAUUCAUCAAAACAUUAAAACAUCACAGGUCACUUUUACCAAUUUCAACAACUACAGUAGAUUUUACAAAGAAAUUCUGUAUGUUGUACAGUAAGUAGCAACACCUUGUUUUAUGAACCUACAUGCACGGUCAAAAAUAAAUAAUAAAGCCGCGAUCAUUUCAUCUAGCCGUGUUUUUACAUUUUUGGCCACGAUAACACGGCCAACACGGCCUUCCGGCUAAGACACUGACCAGGAACAGUUGCACCACACCGGAAUCGCAGGGCCGUAGGUUCGAUUCCUGUCAGAGAGUCUAUAGUCUAUAGUCGCAACAACAUUUAACCCCUGUUUUUUUGUGUGUAUGAUGUUAUGUACUCAGGUGAAUAUGAUGUUUCUGAUGUAAUGAUGUUACUCUGAUUGUGUAUCCACACCGGGCAGGCUGAGACGUUUGCCUGACACGGUGGGAACCGACGUCGUGGGUUCGAUUCGUCAGGCAAAUUUUUUAGCCUGUCUGGUGUGGAUACACACUUAGAGUAACAUCAGAAACACAACAUUUAACUCCGUUUCAAUUGUUGUAUAAAAGUUGACAUUAGGUGUUCUUCCAUAUAGAAAACUGUUUGCAGAAGCUGAGGAAGAACAGAAGAAGGUACCGUCAGCGAUGAGAAAACGUUUUGUGCAAGCAUACAUGUACUGACUGUACUAAAUAUCUUUAUUUUACUAGCAUGGCGUUAACAGUGGGCUACAUCUCAUUAUUUUUGACGAAUUUGACGCCGUGUGUAAGUCAAGAUAUAGCUACGGUGUAAGUAGGUUAUUGACGCUCGCAUUUUGCUGAUUCACCUUUUUGUACGGAAAACUAAAUCGUGGACUAAGCCUGCAUGACAUUGUGUGUUUCCCAUCAUGCACUUGUUCUUCACGCAAUUCUUAAUUUUUCAGUCUGGUGGAACGGGAGUUCAGGAUUCUGUCGUGAAUCAGUUGUUGGCCAAAGUGAGUAAAUCCUGGUAAAAUAGUUUAACUAUAUGAAACCUUGAUUAACCUUUAUUUUCAGGGAUCGUGGAGCCUGUUUAAAAGUGUGUGUGUGGGGGGGGGGGGCAGAAAAAUCGAAAUGUUUAUUUACCGAAUUUUUUUAAAAAACCGAAAAUGUUUAUUUACCGAAUUUUUUUUAUCCCGGCCCCCCUGUUCCGCGGUCCCUGAUUUUAGAUGAUGCUGGCGACCUUUGGUUUGUUUGUAUAUAUCUUACGAUCUUAAAUCUAAAUCUUAAAUCUAAUAAUCUAAAUAAAAAAUUGUAUGAUUGUGGUAUUUAAACUGAGGUAACGUUAUUUUAAAUGAUGCUACUUUGACCGUGGUGGGAAUCGAACCCGAGACCUUUGGUUUGUUAGUCUAAUGCUCUACCAACUGAGCUACAAGGUCAAGUUCGUAAUAGUUGAUAUGUCGAAAUUUUUUCAACAUCUUUAUUAAGUUGUCUAGAAUAACGUUCUUUUAGAUUGAUGGUGUGGAACAACUCAACAACGUGUUGCUCAUUGGUAGGUACACAGUGUAGACACAGAAUAAAGACACACAGAAGGUCGACUCAGCCAAAAAAGCGUAACUGCUGUCACGUCAUGAUUCGUCAUCAAAAUGCUGACGCCAUGGUCCUAACCAGUGCCACAGAUGAGGCAUUCGGAUUCCCCCUGGACGUCAACCUCGUACCCAGGCUCUCUUCUCUACGCUCCUCGCUGGAGGAAGAGACCCUGGUGAAUGCUGGUCACGUGGCUCCCAGAUUUUGAGAGCCACGUGGAUAUCGAUUACUAGGGAGUGGAGGGUUCGUACUUUAUUUGCGUAAAUGUAAAUCGUGUCGCACUUUUUAUCAAUAUUUAUAACAUCUGGCUUCCGAGUGAGAGUAUACACUGUAUCAUCCACAAGAAAGUGUAGACAAUUGAAACUCAAUUUGAAACUCAAAUAUCGCGUAUGUAUUUUGAUCAGUCUGCUCAAAGUUUAUAGCCACCAGACUACAAGUACUAGUCUCAAAUUACAUACAUUGAAAAGUACCACCCCUCCCGGAGGACAUAUAUGUGGCUUUCAAAAUCUGGGAGCCACGUGACCAGCAUUCACCAGGAUCUCUUCCUCCAGCGAGGAGCGUAGAGAAGAGGGCCUGGGUACGAGGUUGCCUGGACGUCCGCCAUUUUGAAUAUUAUCAGGGGGUGAAUGCCUCUCAUACUGUAAGCGCGCUGGCUAGGACCAUGGCUUGAGUAGUUUGAUGACGAAUUACGGUUACGCCAAAAUCAUAGGAAAAACCAAGAAGUCGGGCUUCUGUUGUAGUCUCUAUUCUGUGGUGUAAACUUGCAUACCGUUUAUACCAUGUCAUGCCGAUUGUGUUGUUUUCGACUUGUAUGGAGUAAAACAUUAUUUUUUAGGGAUGACCAACAGAAAAGAUUUGAUAGACGAAGCCUUACUACGACCUGGUAGAAUGGAAGUACAAGUAGAGAUAAGUGAGUUUUCCUUAAGACCAUCAUUACGCGACCUAAUUUUUCCUGUAACUUCAAUUCCCAGGGUCGUCGCAACUACGAGGGCAGAUAGUAAAGAUACAUUGUGUAUUCAGAGUGAUAUCUAUCCUAAAAUCGUAUUGGAGGUUCAUUACUGUAUUAUUAUCCUCAACUAAACGUAUAUCUUAGGCCAGAAAGUUCAAGCGGCAAGAGUGCGAACGAGACUCUAUAAAGGCCCAUGCGAGGCACUCUCCCGUUUCAAUUAUUAUAUAUAAAAAGAUAAUAAUACACAAGUACAUAUACACGAUACUCCAAUUUACGUAAACAUAUACCAACUGGUUAACCCAAACAUAUAAAACAUAUAAACUGGUUAAACAUAUACGAACUGAUUUCCCCUCUUUAUACCUCCACAACAGGUCUGGCGGAUGAACCAGGUCGUCUUCAGAUCCUCGAGAUUCACACUCGAGCCUUGCGAGAAAACAACUUACUGAGCAGUGACGUAGAUCUCGCAGAACUCGCUGCACAGACCAAGAAUUUUAGUGGGGCUGAGAUCGAGGGACUGGUGCGAGCUGCGCAAUCAAACGCUAUGAACCGAUUUCUUAAGGUGAAUCAUUGUGUUUUGUAGUAAGAUACACUCCAUCCUCUCCCUUUGUUCCGUAACCUAUCUUCCUCAGUGGUGUCUCUGUCUAGCAUUAAUUUGAAGCUUUCAAUGGUAAACAAGUUAAAAAAAAAUUUUAAACUUCUCUACUUAGAUGGAGACGACGUUAGAAAUUGCACCUGACGCCGUCUCGAAAGUGUUGGUGAAACCGACAGAUUUUAAUCAUGCUCUGGAACACGACAUCAAGCCGGUAAGAUACGACUAUUUUCUGUUUGCACUGUAUGUACUCCAGGGGUAGAAAACAUUUUUUCUUUCUUGGAACCUGGGUCGAAGGCUAGAAAUUUUCUGUAAAAUUUGCAAUGUUACAAUUACAAAAAUAACAAAACAAAUGCAUAAUUAUUACAUUAUUUGUACUUUAGUAAUAAUAGGCUUUAGGCAGGUUUUUGUAUGCUUGUACAUCGCAAUAGUUGUUUGUGAUGUACCACAGUUCUGAGUUAUGACCAACUAUAGUAAGGAUCUAACGCUUAACUAAGUGUCCUAUCAUCUUAUUUAUUCCAUCACUUUUAUUUCUUUACUACUUAAUUUGCAUUUUAUUGGAUACUUUGCAGAAUAUAUAUUUACCAUUUUACCUCAUUGUGAUGGCAGGGAUGGGUAAAAGAAUUAAUUUUUGUCAAAUAUUUAAAAGGCUGCUGAUGUUAUAGCGUGUACAGUGUAAAUAAAGUAUAAUAGUUGUAACUUGUAAGUUGAGUAAACAGAGUUAUCUCAAAAUGUUGAAAUAUUUUCUGGAAAAUUUUCUGCAAAACUCUCAACUCAAAAAAAUUUCUGGGAACUAGGUUCCCAGGUUCCGAUACUUUUUCUACCCCUGAUGUACUCCAAAUUUUAGUAUGUACUUGGACAAUAGAAAUAAUAGACAUCGUUUGGAUAACUAACCCUCCUUGUUGUACAAAUUUAAAAAACUUUUUUUUCACUUUAGGCAUUUGGCGCAAGUGAUGAUGAUCUGGAGUACUUUGUUCUUAAUGGUGGGCUUCCUCUCUUCUGUCUGUUUCAAGUUUCAAUCAAUAUUCUAUCAACUGGCUUCUCUUUCUCUGAAUCGCUUCUUCUAUUUUCUGUUAGAUAUCAUUCGUUGGUGUCCGAUGAUCGAGCAGAUUAUCUCUGAUGGAAAAUUGCUGAUAGAGCAAACCAAAGUACAUGAUAGCUCCAUGGGACCCGUCAGUGUUUUGCUUGAAGGUAUGAUUUUGUCUCAGUGAAUAGCUCUAUCUAUUCUAGUAUUCUGCUCUCAAGUAUCAAUCCCAGUAUCAAAUAAUAAUAACUAAACUGUUAAAAAUCCCAUCAGCAAUCCUGCUGCUAUUAACGGGAGAACAGCGAUUACAAUUAUCAACCCCAAAUUAUUGACUUAUUGCACUAUUCACCUUCGGAAGAUCAAGCAGCGUCUUAUCCCUCAGGUCUCUGUUGUGCAUGCAACGCCUGAAUUUAAAUGUAUCUCUCAGUUGACUGGGGCAGUCCAAGUUAUACAGUAUCUUGAAAAUACUUAUAAAGCGUAAAAAUCGUCUCCUGCUAUGCAAUGUGAACGACACAUGGACUAAUCACUGUGCCAACACCACUCUGAAUUUGGUUUUAUCAUCGUAGGCCCAGUUGGUUCAGGUAAAACAGCCUUGGCAGUCAACAUGGCACUCGCUUCAGAAUUUCCUCUUAUUAAAAUGUGUAGCCCAGAAAGCAUGACUGGCUUCUCAGAACAGGCGAA